AUGGGCAUCAUUACCGACGGCUGCCUCCUUGUGCUGAAGGCCUUGCCGGUGAUCGCGCUGCUGGCCAUCCUCCUGGGAGAGGUGGUGCUCCGGCGCCACCGGGCCCGGCACCCCGGACGCCCAGCGGCCACCCUCUGCGGGGGCCACGAGUACGAGAACCGCUUUGUCAAGCUGCGCGACGGCCGCCAGCUGUGCUUCUGCCUGCACGGCAACCAGGACCCCUCGGCCGGCGCCCGAAUUGUCGCCCGCCCUCCUCCCAGACGCUGA